CGCGACGACACUUACGACAAUCACCCAGGUCAUUUAAAUCCGAUCAACGGUUCUUUCACCUGGGUAUGAUUAAAAGUGCCGACAAAUUUUGAUUAUUUAUUUAAAUAUUAAUAAAUUACCGUGAGUGCUUUUAUUUAUUUAGUUAAGUUAUUAUUUUAAUUAUUUACUAAACAAUUAAAAUUUUUAGUGAAAAAAUUAAAACUGUGCUUUAAAGUUGUGCUUCUAUGAAAUUACAGAAAAUGGAAAGCCAGGUGGAGCAACGCAAUACACAUGGGGCUUCAAUUAUUAAAAUAUUAUUUUAAUAUAAACCAAAAAGUGUAAGACUAUAUUUUCGUGUUAGUGAUAAUAUCGUUGUGAUGAUAUUUAUAAAACGAUGUUGAAUCACAUGCACUUCCAAAGAGUAUCUUAAAUAAAAAAUAAAGAUUUCUUUUAUUUUUUUUUUGUAUUUAAAUAAAUAAGUAGUCACGGGAUCAGCGUAAGCCAAUAAAGCAAUCUCAGCAGCUGCAGAGAAAGUGCCAGAAAAAAUAACAAUAAUAAUAAUAAAUAAAAUUAGAGUAUAUAAAAAAGUAAAUAACAAUGCGACGUAUUUAAAUCACCAAAAAUAGCCAGGGGAAAAUUUAAAACGUUUAUAUAACACACGUGAGUGACAAUGUGUAAUGGCAAGCGUGUUAAGAGAGUGAAUAGGAGGCUUGGAAUGCCGGUGAGACACCACCGACGAUAUCGAAAGUACCGGAAGAUCCUCUGAUUUAUUUGUUCUCUUGAAUAUAUAUAAUAAAUCCAUCUUGAAGUUAUAAUUGUAAUUAUUAUUAUUAUUACUACUGCUAACACAUCAAAAGAAACGUGAUUUUUAAUAAUUUACAAGUUAGAUUACUUUGUGAUAUUUAAAAAAAAAAGUAAAUAAGAAGAAAAAAAUAUAAAUUAAUAAUUAACCUGACGCUCAAGCGAAUAAUUAAAUAAUAAUUAUAAUUACCGUACCUACCAAAGGCUGAUUAAUCUACGUAUAUAUUUACCUCGUUUUUACUCAAAAAAUACUUAUUUAAUAAUAAUUAUAAUAAAAAUAAUAAUAAUAAUAAUGAUAAAGAGAUUAAUAAACGUUAGAAUCAAGAUAUGAUUUAGUGGUUAUUAAGUUAGUCGAGCGAGUUAAAUUAAUAAAUAAUAAAAGUCAAGUGUAUAAGUGAAAAAAAACAGUACACAAAUCUACGAAUGUAUGCAUAUAAAUGUGUAAAUAAAUAAAUGUGUAACAGAGCUACAGAUGUAAAAUGAAAGGAAGAUGGGAGAGAGGACACGGUCCAAGCCGUCGGUGUUCGUCGGUCGUCGGCGUGCGGGCAAACGGACACUGGGAGGUCCGACGAUAAGCGUCGACGUUAACGAUGCGGGAUCUAAACGCAUACAACUGCAACAAAUUGUACGAGGACGUCGAGUGGUCAGGACCGGGUAUCGUUGGUACCCUCGUCGUCCUCGCAUUUGUCGACAUAAUGGUAAUUCUUGGCAAUGUACUUGUCAUACUCGCCGUUUACCACACUACUAAGCUCCGUAACGUCACCAACAUGUUCAUCGUUAGUCUCGCGGUUGCUGAUCUCUUGGUCGGGGUUGCUGUGCUUCCCUUCAGCGCAACCUGGGAGGUCUUCAAGGUCUGGAUAUUUGGAGACUUGUGGUGCUCGGUGUGGCUGGCAGUGGAUGUGUGGAUGUGCACGGCGUCAAUAUUGAAUCUAUGUGCGAUAAGUCUCGACAGGUACUUGGCUGUUACCAGGCCAGUUAGUUAUCCCCAGAUAAUGUCACCAAAGAGAGCAAAGCUGCUGGUCGCAGCUGUGUGGGUGCUGAGUUUCGUCAUCUGUUUUCCACCUCUCGUCGGAUGGAAAGAUCAAAGGUCAAACCCUCAACGAAAUGACGUAUCGACACUGGAUGACAGUGGGCCGUACAAUGAAACACGAAUUUUUUUACAACCAAAGCCGUGUCCGUGGAUAUGUGAGCUUACCAAUGACGCAGGUUACGUUGUCUACAGUGCAUUAGGUUCAUUCUACAUACCGACACUAGUCAUGUUAUUUUUCUAUUGGAGAAUAUACAACGCGGCUGUAUCAACGACUAAAGCCAUCAACCAGGGAUUCCGUACCACCAAAGGUUCAAAAAUGCUAGGAUCAAGAUUUGAUGAACAACGACUGACACUAAGGAUACACCGCGGACGUGGUAGUGUUUAUAACGGCGGUGCUAAUAACAGUAACACGAGUCCUAAAAGUCCUGAAGCAAAUCGUAGUGCGUCAGUACGUAAAGACAAAAUAAAAAUAUCUGUUUCUUAUCCUAGUACUGAAACUCUUAAUACAAAGUGUAAUACUCUUGAACGUACGCCGUCAAAGUGUUCCCAAAUUUCUGUUCACUACAACAGUAAUGGACAGACGCAGAGUCAUCUUUGUCCAUCUUCGAGGAGUACGCAUCUAAAGGUUGGUGGUAUAAAUCGAGUAGGAAGCUCUAGAAGACCAAGUCGUAGAAGCAGUUGUGAGAGCCAAGUAACCGGAGACGAAGUUUCAUUACGUGAAUUAACUCCUGGCAGUGAAGAGAAGCCAAGGGUGAUGAGGAUGGGCAAGAGGAACAUUAAAGCUCAGGUAAAGAGAUUUCGUAUGGAGACUAAAGCUGCUAAAACAUUGGGUAUAAUUGUUGGUGGUUUUAUACUUUGCUGGUUGCCAUUCUUCACAAUGUACUUGGUACGUGCAUUUUGCCCGAAUUGUAUUCAUCCGACAGUAUUCAGCGUUCUAUUCUGGCUUGGAUACUGCAAUUCAGCGAUAAAUCCAUGUAUCUACGCUCUCUUCAGUAAAGACUUUAGAUUCGCAUUCAAGCGGAUUAUAUGCAAUUGCUUCUGCAAACGAAAGAAAAAUUCAUUGCGACGUGGGAGCGACGGCAGCCAAUUGGCAACGAGGAACGACAGAAGUCCAAACUAUUCUAUCAGAGUACCACAGCAUGGUGUGUCAAUCGAAGACUCAGAUCCCGAACACAACGUCCACUCGGGAAGUGACUCGAGAUGACUUUAGCGCACACGCAGCACCCAGCGCGUCGUCUUCAAUACUCGAUAGAUCCGCAAAUCAAUCUACAUGACGGUUUAUUUCCACAUAUCAUCAACAACGAAUUAUCCAAAUGUCGAUAAUUGUUACGAUUGUGAUGAUAGUAUAUAUAAAUAUAUAUAAUCUUCAUAUAUCAUUGUAUCCCGAGAAAAUUGUGCAACCAAUCAAGUCAUCACCAUCGCCGCCUACGUCACCAAUCUAAUCAUAGUCACCUCCUUCAUAUUAACUCGGCUGUUGUCUCUUCGUUCCGUAUUCUCAUGUUAAACUUUUGUGCGACGUUAAUUUAAUUAAUUAAUAAAUUAAUGGAAUCGAUUAAUCGGCGCUGGCGAGUAUCAAACAAAUCAGAGACGAGUGCAAUAUCUCUAGUCACACAAUUUCUACUCUCCCAUGCUCACGAUUAUCGAAUCGGUGCCGCGGUGUCGUACUGAUGUGUCACUAAAUAACUAAAUAACAAUUAAUAAUAGUUAAUUAAUUAAAUAAAUAAGUUAAA